ACACUGAAUACAAGUCAGAGCUCAAAACAGUGCAGACACCAGAUCCCGACACUCAGACUGUUGGACGCUCUCUCUGAAGCUAUGUCCCAACAAAGGACAAACGUAGCUUUUCUGAUUGGGACCAUUGCCAUCCUGUCCCUGAUUAACACUGACUGUGUGGCUGUAAAAGAAGAUGAAGAGGAAUUUAUACUGUGUGUCACGUCGAGGAGAAGAAUGCAAGACCACUCGUAUCAAAACCUGACGAAUGUUCCCUCAAAUCUACCCAAUGACACGCAGUAUCUGGACAUUUCUCACAACUCUAUCCAACGACUGAACGGAGCUUCCUUUUCUGGCUUGUCCCACCUCUGUUGUCUGAAGGUAACUCACUGUGGCCUGCAGGAUAUUUCUCCCAGUGUGUUCAGACACACACCAGCACUCAAAGUUCUCAAUAUAUCUUUCAAUGACUUACCUAUUGUCCCUGACAUUUCAUUGAAACAGCUGAAAAUCCUCGAUUUGGCUUACAAUCUGUACAACAGCUAUCGAAUUCCAGCAUCAUUUCAGAACCUUGCAAACCUGGAUGUGCUGUCGUUAGGUAGUCCAGCUGCUCUGUCAGUCAACUACAAUGACUUUGAUCCAUUGUCCAACGUUCCUCUGCAUCACCUGGUGUUGGGAGCAGGAAUCCGCUGGCAAAAGUAUGAUUCUGGUGCCCUCGCAAAACUGAAGUCUCUUAAAACUCUUUCAGUUUUUGCAACUUUUUGUGGGGAGGUCCGUAUGUUUGAAAAACUCCUCGCCGAUGUAAAUGUGACGGGAGCUAAAUUCUUGAAAUUCAUCACUCUAUUUCCAGACGACUGCAACGUGACCGGUAACUUUUUUGAGAACCUGAAAACAAUGCCACUUGUACAUAAUGUCACCAUAGAAAACACGUGGAUAAACAGUUCAUUUAUGGAGGUCUUAUUGAAGAAUGUGUGGUUUUCCAGCCUUUAUGACCUCUCAUUUGUCAACAUAACUUAUAAUGAAGACACUCCAGAUGGGUUUCAGUUUCACACCAUUAAUCACUCGGUCAAUCUCGGUUCCAUUACCUUCAACAGUGUGAAGCAUUACCAAUACAAAUACCCCACAAUCAACAUGAGCAUAGACGCUAUGUCAAAUCUGAACUAUUUCAAGUUCUCUGGGACCGGAAUGAACAUUUUACCCUGCAAACUCUUAUCCGUCCUGCCAUCACUGGAGACACUUGAUCUGUCGGAUAACCUUUUAAAGGAUAAUGGCUUCUGGUGGUAUCAGUGCUCAUACACCUCAGUCUUCCCCAAACUCAGGAGACUGUAUUUAAGCAAGAACCGCUUCAGCAGUCUUUCCUUUAUCUCUGAUAGGACAAAUCAGAUGAAGACAUUAGAGUCUCUGGACCUGAGUUUCAACUCCAUCUCCUUGGAUGGGGAAUGCUCUUGGCCUGCUCAGCUGACUGAGCUUAGCCUUGCAAACAAUAACCUGGGCAACAGCGUCUUUAAUUACCUGUCGGUAAACUUUGAGAGGAUUGACUUGUCAAAGACGGGAAUAAUAUCCAUAACACAAAAGGAUCUGUCUCGUUUUCCCAAGCUGACACACCUCCAACUCAGCUCCAACAGCAUCCAGGUUAUCCCUGCAGAUCUCAGCGCUCCAUUUCUGCUCAGUCUCCACGUAGACCAGAAUGCAAUCACAUCAAUUUCCAAGUUGGCAGGACUUUCCAAGCUUCAAAUCCUCAAAGCUGGAAACAAUCCAUUUGUCUGCUCUUGUGACUCCUAUUGGUUCGCCAGUGUUCUCAACAAGUCUUUGCUCCCGGACUGGCCCUUAGAUUAUACAUGCAGCACCCCGCCAUCUUUUGCAGGCGUAUCCCUCUCUGAGUACAAAACUAGCGAGCUGUCAUGUGAUAUGUGGCUUCAAGCUGUGGUUGCUAUUCCUUUAAUAAUAAUCAUAUCUGCAGCCAUAGGUCUGGUUUUCUAUAAAUGUGAUGGAGUUUGGUAUACAAAGAUGUUAUGGGUCUGGAUCAGGGUGCAGAGGAGAGGCAAGAAAUCCUCCAACAUGUUAAAGAAUGUAUCAUUCUGUUAUCAUGCGUUUAUCUCCUACAGUCACCAGGACUCGGGCUGGGUGGACAGCCGGCUGGUGCCCUCUCUGGAAGGUGCCGGUUUGUCACUCUGCGUUCAUGAGCGAGACUUUGUCCCUGGUGUUUGGAUCAUAGACAACAUAAUCAACUGUGUGGAGUCUAGCUACAAGACGCUGUUUAUCCUCUCCAAACAUUUUGUCCAAAGUGAAUGGUGCAACUACGAGCUGUUCUUUGCCCAGCACAGAGCCGUUAACAUACAGCAGGACUCUUUAGUGUUCAUUCUACUGGAGCCCAUUCCAACUGACUCCCUGCCCAAGAAGUUCUUGAGACUUAGAAGUUUACUGAGGCAGCAGACAUACCUCGAGUGGACGAAUGACGAACGGAAGCAGCAGGUUUUCUGGGCAAGUCUUAAAUCGAUGCUCCAUGUUGCAGACAAAUCCAUGGUUCUGAAGGAUGUGGCUUUGGCCAUUGCUGAUACAGCACCUUUAGUAACAGACCAAAUGUAGAAAAAUACCAACUUGUACAGCAAAACAGUUUUUCCUCAAAUGUUUUUUUUUUUGUUCAUAAUAGAGAUUUCUUCCUCCAAAUCUGAGUGUCAGUUCAGCUAAUGCUAUUGCUAACACAUGGCUUCAGAAGUCAAGUUGGGCAAAUCAGGUUAGUAUUUUACAGAGAGUAUUUUAGCAUGAAAUUGCUUCCACAGUCACACACAGAAGGAAUAUAAUACUGAUAAGACUAACUUUGGGAAGUACCUUCCCUUAUAAAUGAAAAAAGCUAAUGCUAAUAACACCAUCUGCCACUUAUACAAAAUCGGAGAAAUCUAUAAUGUGUUUUUAUAAGUCAAAAUUACAGUUCGAUUAUUACAAAAAUCAAGCCUAAUUAGAGGUGUCAUACAACUUAACAAUAAAAUAAGAAGUCUAAAAAGAUACAGCAACUAGAACAUAUUUUGUGUCAUUUUAUGUCAGCUAUGCAAUGUGUUUCCCAGCAGAGAAUAUGUAUUUGUGUUCUGCUCUGUGGCCUAAUGUUUGUGUCAUCUGUUGAAAGCCUCUUUAUUAAUCAAAUGUCUCCAUCUACUGUUUGUAAUGACUCUUUACACCAGAAUGUAUACAGAAAUGCAUCAUGAGACUUUGUUACACUGUAAUUCAAUAUUUCUACAAAAUUCAAACAUUGAACUUGAUUGUCAUGUACACUUUGUGUAAUGUGUACAGAGGAUGGAUUAUCCUUGUGUAUUUGUAAAUAUGUAAAGGUGGUGAAUCCCAUUUCUGUCAGCUUUAUAUAAUGCAUAAAAGGUUUAUUUGUGGUGUUUA